AUUUAUUAUUCAGUUCGCUUUACUUGGAGGGGCGGAGGCAAGUGGGAACUGUAGUAUAAGAUUCCCAAUACACAUCUAUCAACUUUACAAACAAACAACCUUUUCUUUUGAGAAUAAAAUAAACAAAAAUAUCUCUCCCUUAUUGCCUUGUAUCGUGUGACCAAUGCUUUAAUUUCACCGAAAAAAAAAUGGCGCCGCCAGCAGCAGUGGGCGGAGGAGGAGGACAGCAACAGGGGCAGCAGCAACAAGGUGGACUUGGACAGACCAUAACUGGAAUCAUAAGGAUCGCCGUGUUUUGGUACUUUGCUUCCAAAUUCUUCUCUCCAAAAAGGCCGCCCGCGGACCCUUCUAACCUCAUCUCCAAUCUCUUCCAGAAGGGCGAACCCUUGGAUAUGUGGUUAUAUCUUUCUGAGCAUGAAAAGUUCUAUGAUUUUGGGAACGAAGCUUCUCUUGUAUGGCAUGAAACUAGUAUUCCUUACGCCACUUGGGGUUCUGAAAGCACCCAUACUCUUUCUUUAAAGUACUAUCCUUCCGAGGCCUUGAAAAACAAUGGCAGUCUCUAUGCCCACGUUUUCUUUGCACGCUCGGGUUACCCUCCAGAUCCAAAUGACCCUGAAUACCAGCCUCAAUCUGCCUUUGGGAGGACUUAUCCUGUUGUGACAUAUUUGCCCAAGUCAAGUUCUGAUAAGAGGAAAAGUCUUCUUGGGAAUUCCAAAGAUGCUGAAGGGGUUGAAUCAGUGGCUAUGGUGGCUGAUGAUGCUGAAGCUGACUCCAAAGAUGAUGGCCCUAUUGAGUGGAUUGCUUAUUGGAAACCAAAUAUUACAAUUAACUUGGUUGAAGAUUUUACAAGAUACGGGCACAACGCUGUACCACCAAAUAUUGCUCCUUACUUAAAUAUUGAGCCUAGUAAAGGAAAUUACUACCCGACCAUCUUCUUCAACGAAUUUUGGUUACUUAGAGAUAAGUUGAUUGCAAUUAAUGAGUCGGUGACAGAAUUGCCACUUAAUUUGGAGGUUGGCCCCAUAAGCAUGAUGAAGUGGCAACUAUUCCUCCAAAUUGACCAAUCAUUCCAAAUUCAUCGUAGUUAUGGAAGCAUGCUUGAAGGCGAGGCUGAUGAACUGAAGAGGGUCUUCCUGGAAGGAAAUCCUUACUUGCUAGUGAUUACAAUGGUCGUUUCUUUGCUUCAUUCUGUGUUCGACUUCCUGGCUUUCAAGAAUGAUAUCCAAUUUUGGAACAAAAAUAAGUCUAUGGAAGGACUGUCUGCAAAGUCUGUUGUAGUGAACUUUUUGUGUCAGCUCAUUGUUUUCCUCUAUCUACUUGAUAACGAGACCUCAUGGAUGAUACUUGCUAGUUCUGGAAUUGGUUGCUGCAUUGAGUUUUGGAAAAUAGGGAAAGCGAUGCACAUAGAGAUUGAUAGAAGUGGAAGGAUACCUAUGUUGAGGUUCCGAGAUCGUGAUUCAUAUGCGAGCAAUAAAACUAAGGAAUAUGAUGAUAUAGCGAUGAAGUAUUUGUCCUAUGUGCUCUUCUUCCUUGUUGCAUGCUUUUCUAUAUAUUCCCUUAUGUAUGAGCGCCAUAAGAGCUGGUAUUCUUGGAUUCUUUCUUCCCUCACAAGCUGUGUAUACAUGUUUGGUUUUAUUAUGAUGUGCCCUCAGCUUUUCAUAAACUAUAAGCUUAAGUCCGUUGCUCAUUUACCCUGGAGGCAGAUGACUUACAAGUUCCUUAACACCAUCAUUGAUGAUCUCUUUGCAUUUGUCAUAAAAAUGCCAACACUUCAUCGGCUUUCUGUCUUCCGUGAUGAUCUUAUAUUUUUAAUCUAUCUGUACCAGAGGUGGGUAUAUCCUGUUGACAAGAAACGUAUAAAUGAAUUUGGUUUUGGCGGUGAGGAUGAUCAGACGUCUGGCAGCACCGAUGUUACUACUGCCAAGGAAGAUGAGAAGAAAAUCAACUGAGCUUGUUUUGUUUUUUUUUUUUUUUUUUUCCCUCUAGUUUAGUUGAAAGAAAUGUAAAAUUGAUGUGCUGUGACCAUUAUUUUUAAGUGGGACUUUUUGUUUUUAUAAAUUUGGAUUGGAACGCUGUUCCUGAAAGGUCUGGUUACAGGCCAUUGCCUCUCUCCAGGAUUCUAAUGGAAAGAGCACUCAGAUUUGUGUCACCAUGUGAAGUUAGCUAUAUAACAUGGAUAUAUCAACAUCUAUUUUUGUUUAUUUUGAUUAA